GGAAGAGAGAGAGAGAAGCCAGCCUCCCCCCUGCAUCUCCUCAGUGAGAUGGUAACCCAUGAAGCCCACUGUCAGGAACAUGGUUGAAAGGACCAACAAAUUCAUUCUGAUUAUUGCUGGCUCCGCAAUUUUCAUGAUCAUCAUCUUCCAGUACGUGUGCCCGGGAACUAACUGCAGGAUCUCGGCGCCCCGGGGUUUCCAACACGACCAGGAGGCGGUGGAUAUCUUCCCGACGCCCGACCCCCAUUACCUGAGGAAGUACUACUUCCCGGCGCUGGACCUGGACCGCACGGUGGAUUUUGACAUCAAGGGCGACGACGUGAUCGUCUUCCUGCACAUCCAGAAAACCGGCGGCACCACCUUCGGCCGGCACCUGGUGCAGAACGUCAAGCUGGAGGUGCCCUGCGAGUGCCGCGCCGGCCAGAAGAAGUGCACUUGUUACCGACCGAACCGCAGGGAGACCUGGCUCUUCUCGAGGUUCUCCACCGGCUGGAGCUGCGGCUUACACGCCGACUGGACCGAGCUCACCAACUGUGUGCCCGGAGUGCUGAACAAGAGGGAAAGCAAGAGCAGAACUCCCAGGAAAUUCUAUUACAUCACAAUGUUACGAGACCCUGUCUCACGCUACCUUAGUGAAUGGAGGCAUGUCCAACGAGGGGCUACGUGGAAGACCUCACUGCACAUGUGUGAUGGGAGGACACCAACGCCUGAGGAGCUGCCACCUUGCUACGAGGGCAACGAUUGGUCAGGCUGCACACUUCAACAGUUCAUGGACUGCCCAUUUAACCUGGCUAACAACCGGCAGGUGAGAAUGCUUGCAGAUCUCAGCCUGGUGGGCUGCUACAACAUGUCCUUCAUUCCUGAGAAAAAGAGAGCCCAGAUGCUUUUGGAAAGCGCCAAGAAGAACCUCAAAGAUAUGGCUUUCUUUGGUUUGACUGAAUUCCAAAGGAAAACACAAUACUUGUUUGAGCGGACUUUUAACUUACAGUUCAUUAAGCCCUUCAUACAGUUCAACAGUACCCGCGCAUCGGGUGUGGAGACCGAUAAUGAGACGAUCCACAGGAUUGAGGAACUUAACGACCUAGACGUGCAGCUGUAUGACUAUGCAAAAGACCUUUUCCAACAGCGGUUCCAGUACAAGAGGCAACUAGAAAGAAUGGAGCGACGGAUACGGAAUCAGAAGGAGCAGCAACAACAACAGAAGAUCCCCGAGGAACUGCCCAAAGAGGAAAUGGAAGAACAGGGACGCAUACCCACAGAGGAUUACAUGAGCCAUAUUGAGAAAUGGUAGCCGUGGUGGACUACCACGUAUCUCAUGUUCUGAAAAUAAUGAUGAAUGAACUUUUGGUCUUCUAGAUCGUAAUGGAUCUCGGAGGUUGAAAGAGUUUUUUUUUAAUGUCUGUAAUUUUAAAAAAAGAAUCUGUAAAACAGAGAUGUUUGCUUCAGGGCAGUAUGGGUCUUUCUAGACCACCCAGGUGCACAAGGGAUCUGGACGCAGAACUAAGCCAGGAUACUACAGCUGGCCAACCAUGUGAUGUAAAGUCAUGAUUUUGUGACCCGGCACAGUUGAUGUCUGUGGAGCUAUUAGCAAUGGAUAAUGAAAUUUUCAACUCCAUUUAUGGCACCUGGAUACGCAUCCUGCAAUGAGAAAUGGAUGUGUUUGAAUUAGCUCAGUGACUGGUGCCAUUUAAUUCUCAACAUGAAUAUGCAGUGUGUUCGUUUUUGGAUGGUUUCAUGGAUUUUGAAAAUUUUAAAAUUCAGGUUUGAAAUUUUGUACAGCCACUGGCCAAUUGAACCACUGAGUAAAAGCAUUCCCAAUCUAGUCCAAUUCCAGUCAUUCCCACUCGAGGCUAAUCCAAUCCUUUUAUUCUCUUCCUUUUGCUUUCUUGAAGGACUUGACCUCCUUUCCUAGUGUAGGGUUCCAUACAGUAUCUCCUCCAGUAUCUUGUCCGAAUGAUCGUUACUCAAGGAUGAUCCUUGAUGUGAAUGCAGGCGGAUUAUCUAACUGCGGAGGGGACAUAUUAGCCAACCCUGAUCCAGUCCUCAGUCGACACCUGCAUUGCCAUCUCUGUAUAUUAAGCAAGAAUGGGAAACCUGCCCAUUUCUUUUCCCCUUUCUUAAACCUGAGGUGUCGGGGCCAAUUAUAGGGCCCAAUCUGCUGCCUUAGGUGAGCUCACCAAACUCAGCACUGUCUAGGGAUGGAACCUUUGGACCCUCUUGAUGUGCAUGGCUUAGAGGUGCUGACAACAUCCCUGAGCCAAGUUCAAUUCUCAGUGGUCAAGAUAAAAGCUCUGUGUUUAUAAUUAAAAACAUGUUGCAAUUGUACACAUACUCAUCUCAUCUGAGCCUGUUGUUCCUAAUACUUAGUGUGUUGAGCCAAUUUGUAUGGAAAGUUUAACAAAAGAUUGUUUGUUUUCUCAGUCACCUCAAUUCUAUACAGGAUUGGGAAUCCCCUUGAUAUUAAUUUUGAUUGUUCUGAAUUUUUAAAACAUUGAAUAUUAUACCUGCACACCUGUAACUUUCUCAGCCAUUAUGUGAUAGUUCAGAUAGGCCCUAUCAGCAAGGCAAAAAAGGUUAUUGUAGGGUCAUGAAUCUUUUCAUUAUGUUAUUCAGUAUCAUGUUGUAGCCAUCCAUUUCAUGUUGUUUAUGCCAGGCUGAAAGCAUUUUGAAUUGUGUAACAUUUCCUAAAACACAGUCGACAACCUCAUGGUACAUCUUUGUGAGCACCAGACAAUUUUAGAUUAAUUUGAAGUCUUGCAGUGCUGACUAUCUUACUCUCUAACCCCAAUCUAAUGGAAUUUCAUACCAGCCAUUUUGUUGUAGAUCCUGGGAAGGUGCGCUGGUACACUAUCUGACUAGAACAUCAAUAUCUCUUUCUCAGUCAGGACCUUCACUUGACCAUUCUCAAAAUUGACGCCUUAAAAUCGGGCAUUCUGCGUCACAAAAUGAAAAUACCAAUCAUACUUUCUUCAGAAUCCAAGACCUGACUGAUUGCAGAAAAUUGAGGAAUGUAAUCUUUGUUAAGCUAACUAUUUUACUUAUGAAAAAGCCAUAACACAUUUUAUAGUUGUACCAUCUGAAGGAGUAGUCAUCAUAUUUUCUUCUCCCCCUCGUCUCUUGGGUAACACAAGAUCUUGGAUAAUUUCUAAGAAUCAAUUUCAAUAAAGACCACCCAAAUUGAAAGAGAUGAAUAAGCUUAUUUUGUUGUCUGCCACUACAGCCUCCAAAACAUGUAAUCACAGAGCCUCUCACACAGUAUACACCCUUCCUUUCUUCAGAGAAUAUUUAAAUGAGUCAAAAAGAAAUGUGAUUACCAUCUGUCCCCGAACUGUUAUGGCUUCCUUUGGUCCAAAUAUGACUGUCAUUAGAGAUGUAAAAUAUUCCAAACUUGGAUGAUAAGUUAUUUGUUAUUUUCAAGAACUAGUGAAUUAAUUGAAUAGGUUAAUUCUAAGCGAUAACAAGUGACAGCCUAUUUCUCUCUGGAAACCUCAGAUGCAAUCAACUUGUCAUACGGUCUCCAUUUAUAAAUGCAAAAUCUGUGUAAUCUGGAUAAAAAGAGACUGCUGCCUUUGAUUUCAUAAUUUACCUUUGCUCUAUUGUCGUUUAUGUGAAAAGGCUACACUCAUUCUCCUGUACCCCACACCCACCCCACCCCACCCUUAGUCCAGCAAUGUUGGACAUACAGUAUUUAGGAGCUGCUCAGGAUUUUGUUUUCUCCAUCGUGCUUUUUCAACCGCCUCAGCUAAUUUCAUUGCCUGGGUGUGCCUGGUUUCAAUAAAUGCAGUAACGUUUUAGGAGCCAAGCCAGGCUAGUUUAUGUUCAAAUUGCUGCAAAGCCAUAUGUGGUGUCUCCCUGGUUACUGCAAAUGAAGGAGCCAGUGGCAAUUCAGUGCAAUUUUAUUCCCCCCACCCCCGCCACUCCCCCCAGACACCAAAUUUGAGCUUUUUAAAGGGAUGGUAUCUACUUGGUAGCGAAUCCUUGGGCAGGCUUUGUUUCUGGAACAGUUUCAGGUUUCAUAUGUUACUGUUAGAUUAAAUCAAAGACAAAUAACUUUUAGUGGCAGAUGCGAUUGGUAAUGCAGCUGUGUAAUUGUACUCCCAACAGACCUGCCAGCUGUCGCUCAUCGGGAGUGACGGGCUUUCGUUUCGGGUAAAAAUUUUAACAUGUUUUGAUAUAUGUCAUGGAGAAAUAAAUGGAUAAAAUAAAUGAAUAUGUUUAAAUGGC